AUGUCAAGUUCUUCGUCGAGUCACUCGCCCAAUGCGCCCGCCCCAGCAUCAUCGAGUCGAAGUCCGCAGCUGGCCGAAGAUGACAACUCCGAGGAUGGGCUUGAUCUCAAUAACGAGGAGCUCUUAGCAGAAGAUCCACUACACCACAGGAAUGGAGGGCUAGAUACUGGGUAUUCAGAAUGAAGUCGUUGCAUAGCAUGAAGCUAACGGCUGCAGCAUAUCGUUCAAGCGCAAGCAAACAUCAGCCAAACCAUCCUUAGCCUCCCGCUUUCUGUUUUCUCCCUUCUCCAGCAGCCGCGAUGCUACUCCUUCUCCCGGUCCGACGAUUGCGUCUCCUCCACGACGAGGUCGAGCGAGGACUGGCACCCAGCCGACUCCGAACACGAUCCUCUCGUACUUGAAUGGCCCUACAGACGCAGGAGUUGACCUGACAGGCGCCAAAGACCCGGCAACCUUGGACUGGUAUGUGGAAGGACAUGGCAGAAGAGUAGGAUAUGACGAUCUCACGGCUAUCGAUUGGGUGUAUGAAUAUAGCAAAGAGCGCACGAGACAACGACAGCUGGCCGCGGAUACGCCAGGCUUACUGGGAAGCCUGCGGCUGCUUGCAGACGCGAGCCAAAUAUGGUGGAUUCUAGUCUUUACCGGGAUUGCUGUCGGAGGUGUUGCGGCCGGUAUCGAUGUGGCAAGUGAUUGGUUAGGCGACCUCAAGACAGGACUCUGCAGCAAUGUGGAGGAUGGAGGCAGGUUCUACCUAAACAAAGUAUUUUGCUGCUGGGAGAUUGGCAGCUAUUCUCGAUGCCCAGACUGGAGGCCAUGGAGCACUGUCAUGGGAGUCGCGAACAAGGGAGGAAGCUACAUCAUCGAAUACUUCACCUUCGUGGUAUUCUCGGUGGUGUUCGCUGCAUGCGCGAGCUUGCUGGUCAACAGAUACUCGAAUUACGCCAAACAGAGUGGAAUUCCGGAAAUCAAGACGCUGCUUGGUGGUGUUGUCAUCCGACGAUUUCUAGGUGCUUGGACCUUGAUCGUCAAGUCACUGGGACUUUGUCUUGCAGUAGCCUCUGGGAUGUGGCUAGGAAAAGAGGGACCGCUCGUGCACGUUGCUUGUUGUUGCGCGAAUGUGUUCAUGAAAUUGUGUGACAGCAUCAACAAUAACGAGGCCCGAAAGCGCGAGACGUUGUCUGCUGCGGCAGCCUCUGGCAUUUCGGUCGCAUUUGGUGCCCCGAUCGGAGGCGUGCUUUUCUCGCUGGAGCAGCUCUCAUACUACUUCCCGGACAAGACCAUGUGGGCAUCUUUCGUAUGUGCUAUGGUAGCAGCUGUCACUCUUCAGGCCUUUGAUCCUUUCAGAACGGGACAGCUCGUUCUCUACCAGGUGACCUACCACAGUGGAUGGCACGCCUUUGAACUGGCCCCGUUCGCGAUCAUCGGUAUAAUUGGCGGGCUAUACGGAGCGCUCUUCAUCAAACUCAAUAUGCGAGUCGCAAGCUGGCGUGCUUCUAGCAGCAACCCGUUUCACAAGCGUCCGGUACUGGAAGUGGUUGUCAUUGCGUUGAUCACGGCUCUGAUCAGUUUUCCGAUUAGCUUCCUGCGAGCGCAGUCAAGUGAGCUGGUGGAGUACCUGUUCGCGGAGUGCAAGGACAUCCGCGAUGACUACCUCGGGUUGUGCAAGUCGGGCGUCGCUAAUACUGGCGUCAUCUUCAUACUCUUGGUGUCGUCGCUCCUGGGAUUCCUGCUGGCCACUGUCACAUUUGGACUGCAAAUUCCCGCAGGAAUACUGCUUCCAUCAAUGGCCGUUGGCGCACUGUAUGGUCGCGUCGUCGGACUGAUAGUAGAGGUCUGGCAACGCGAACAUCCAAACUUCAUUGUCUUCGCGAGCUGCGAGCCGGACAUACCCUGUGUUACACCUGGCACAUAUGCCGUUGUUGGUGCUGCGUCUGCUCUUGCUGGAGCCACGCGGAUGACUGUCUCCAUCGUUGUCAUCAUGUUCGAGCUAACAGGCGCGCUUACGUAUGUUCUGCCUAUCAUGAUCGCAGUUCUACUGUCGAAAUGGGUUGGCGACGCAUUCGGAAAGCGUGGAAUCUACGAAAGCUGGAUCCACUUCCAAGGCUACCCUUUCUUGGAUCAGAAGGACGAUCCUGUCCCCGACGUACCUAUAAGCCAAAUCAUGACUCGAGUAGAAGAUCUCGUCUGCAUUACGGGCACUGGACACACCAUUGAGUCUCUCCGUGAACUCUUACAAGAGCACAGGUUCCGAGGAUUUGCGGUUGUAAACGACACUCGUGAGUUGAUGCUCCUUGGAUACAUCUCCCGAACGGAAUUACAGUACGCAUUGGAUACCGCUAUUGGGUCCGGGCGUUCGUUGCCAUCGACUACCGAAUGCUAUUUCCAACAUCAACCUCUGGCAGACCCAACCAUCACUCUAGACCUCCGACCGUGGAUGGACCAGACGCCAAUCACGCUCAGCUCCCGAUCUAGCUUGUCGCUGACAAAUGAUCUGUUCCACAGAAUCGGACUGCGUUAUGUGAUCUUCGCUGAUCGCGGUCUUCUCGCAGGCUUGAUGACCAAGAAGGACUUGUGGUACAUCCUAAAUGAAUCAGAGGACGGCAGGGUUGGCUCAGGGGCAGGGGCGUUGAGAGAACACGUCUCUGGCCGCGAAGAUGAGGCGGGUUUACUCAGUCGCGAUCAAGACAGGCUCGAUGAUUUGGAAGAGGAUGAGCGUGGGCAGGGAUAA